UUUUGGGCAAAAAAUUCACACCUCCAUUUUCAAGACGAGCUAGGAUUGUUCGUUAAUUUGGUGAAUUCGUGAAAAGCAAUUGCGCUGGAGGAAGAAUUAUUUGUCAUCAAGAGGAAAAUGGGUAAACGUAAUGCUCCACUUCCAAAGGAGAAAAAAACAGAGGAAGACGUUGUUAAGGGAAAGGGCGUGUCUACAAGGGCAGGAGCACGAACGAGAACAACUGCAUGUGGACUAAAGGCAGUGGAAGGUUCUUCCAGUGGAAAGAAGAGAAAAGUCUAUGAUGCGGAGACUAGUGGAGAGGAGGAGCCACGUACAGAGAGCAACGAUGACGAGGACGUCUUGAGUGUAGGUGCUCAGGUGAAGAAAUCGGAGACUGUUGUGUCCACCAGGCUGAGGAAAGGCAUGCAUGAGAAUGAUAGGAUUGAGGUGUUUUCAAAGUUGUUGUCACUGUUGGAUGACAGUCGAAGGGAUUUAGUUAGAAAAAUGGGGUUUGGAGCCCUCCUCACCGUGAAACUGCGCAAACUGUCCCCGGAAUUUGCCUACUGGUUAGUGACCAGGGUAGAUGGUGCUAAUGGGGUGUUUUAUGGUGGGGGCGAUAUGGAAUUCAGCCUGGAUCCCAUCCAAUUUAACUGCGUUUUUGGGCUGCCUAUGGGUACUCAGCAUGUACCAUCUCUUAAUGGCAACCUAGACACACGCCAUAGGAAUAUAGCAGACCAUAUUGUUCAGAUGUAUGGGGAAAGUGGUGGGGUUUCUGUUCAGAAAGCUUGGGAAUUUGCAGUUGGGAUGAGGGAUGGACAGGGUAAGGCGGUGGGUACUAUUGUCCCAAUUGUAACAAGAGAGGAGGAAUUUGAAUUUAGAAUAGCCUUUAUGAUUGUUAUACUGGAGCUGGUGUUGUGCCCAAGCACAGACGGGUUUACCUUGGCGGGAAGGUUGUUACCUGCCGCAUCGGUAGCACCGGAGUCAAAUUCAUAUGAUUGGUGCACGUUCUUUUUAGAGUGGCUAAAGAUAUGGUGCAAAAUGUUUGCACAUCAGUUUGAUCAGCAUGGAGUUGUUUCUGGAUUGGGGGGCUGCAGCCUAUUUUUGACGGUGUUCUACCUGGACCACCUGAAUGUUGUUCCUAGGCAAUGGUGUGUUAUGCCGAGGGUGGCUGUGUGGUCCCAAUCUGAUGUCGAUGCCCUGAUAGAGGCAGACAAGAAAGCUGGAGGUGACUAUGGAAGAACUCAGUCUGUUGAUGUUGCUUACGGCGAGAGACACCAUCCUCGAUUGCCAAGAGAUAUGCGGGGUUCCUACAUUGCAAAAGAGGUUCUGAAUGUUUUAACAAGCCGAUUUGAGAGAAUCGAGGAGCAAAUGCACAACCAAGGAGAGGUUUUAAGAAGUAUGAAACUUGAUUUGUCAAGAAUAGUAGGGGUGAGGGAACAAGAUAGUGGGUUGAAGGACACUUAAAGUGGAGGUACAAGUGGUGGUAGUGUGGGUGGUGUGGCUGUUUGCCCUGCUCUCGGAGGUACGCAGACAAUGAGGCCGACCACAAUUCCUACGGCCACUGCACAGCAGUUUGGAGUUCCGUCGCCGGUGGGUUUUGCACCGGCCUUUGGUUCAGCUCGGGGUUUUGGCACCCGAGGCUUUGGGUUCCCUCCUCCUUCCACUUCAGUCUCUCCAGUUUUGGUGAGUGAUCCUAUAACCCCUGGUCCUUCUUCUGCGGUUUCCUCAGAUGUUCUUGGAUUUAUGGCUCCCUCUUCCUCUGAUUGUUCUGUCCCUACGAAAUCUAUGACCACGCUACAAACUGAAGUACAAUCUCCUGCUCAGAAGCCGGUAAUCACCACUGAAAUUUUAAAGGGAGUUUCACCUCUUAGGAGCUCCCGGAAGAGUCGUACUGAUAUGGAGAAGGAAUUGGUUGCUUUCAUCAAGGAGUGCCAGGGAAAUAGCAAGGAUGAAGGACCAGAGUUGAUUGAGUUCGAUGGUUUAUGUCUAAGCAAAUAUCAGAUGUAUUGAAUGGUAGCAAUGGAUGAGUAUGCGGGGAUAGAAUACGUCAAAGUGGCUAGUAAGAUGUAUACUAGCAGGUGGAAGGCAGAAUUGGGUGCCGGUAGAGGACGAAGUGUAAUGCUUGAACCUGGUUUCGGGGUUAAGGUACAAACAAACGAACCCCCUCAGUCUCUUGUAGCCCCAUUCGGUGCCCCCUUUGAAAACCUCGUCAUUCGGGAAAUGUUUGUGGUUGUAGUACCCGUGUUGCACAUGUACUUCACACUUCCACCGCACACACGUUGGUAUUGUGUUGCAUUAUCCAUGAAGGAUAAGCGGAUUUGGGUCCUUGAUCCUACAUCAGACGAGCCUUUGUCUGAGCACGGUCGUCUGA